GCCAUUGUGCAACCAACAUGUGGAAGAAUGAUAGGCUUUACCUCUGGCCCAGAAAACCCUCAUGGAGUGUUGCCGGUCCUGGAUGGCAGCAGAUGUGCAAUUGGCAUGUGGUUCACCCAUGACAAACGCUACAGGGAGCUGGAACGUAAAUUAGCCGAAACUCUUUUGGAAAGAAUUAAAGACAAAAAUAUAUAAAGACAAGAUUCUAAUGUGGGACCAAAAAAUUAUUGUACUGUACUUAAUGUGUAUUGUAUUUGAUAUCACUCAGUGAUGGGGUUAUUUUCUUUCUGUGAAAAAUACUCAGUUUACUUGUGAGACUAUAUCUGGUGCUGGAUAUCACAUUCAAGGAGAGACUCUUCUUGCCCAACUUGAUGACACCUGUGUAGCCACUAGCCUACUGUAACGGGGUGACAUUAACAGUCUUAUCACCUGCAGUGGCAAAUGUUGAGUGUAUCUUUGUGUUGAACUAGCUGCUUCGAAACCCAAUGCCUGUAUUGGACUAUAAGCUUAUUUUAGAGUAUUCUUAACAGGGCCAAACAAAUGUUGUUUGGUCAGAAAGAAACAUUACACUCAAUGAGAUAUUGAAUAUUUUUAUAAUAAAUUAGUUUGCAAAUUGUCUUACCAAUGUACUCGAAAGAUUGUGUAUUUUUAUGAAGCAGUACUAUGUAUGUAAUGUUCCCUCGUACCUACCAGUAUAUAGGGUGGAGACUAAAUUUUAACACUGAAACAUAAUAAUUUCAGAAUCAUACAAUCACAAUACUGUACAUUUGUGUGUGAAGAAAAUCAAAGAUGAAACAAACCUUGAAUUACUAGAUCCAUACGAAGAGAAAAAACUUUGAAGGCUUUACUUAUUUUUACAAAUUUCUCUUUCAAGUCUUCAGCCUAUUAACCACUUCCAAAAUUAUUUACUUUUUCUCUUUGGCUUAUAGGUUUCUUCUGGAUAACAUCUCAUAGAGGUGUUGUUGGCAAAUGACUCCUAUAUAUAGAGUGAUUUAGGAGUCUGGACACGGGACAAGGAAAACAAGGAACGUAUAGUAUUGGGUUAAAGAGUCCAGGAGAGCUGAUAUGUGAUGAGUAGCAGCUGAGGACAUCUUGGUAAGAGUGCCAUGGAGGCCAUGGAGGAGUAAGAGUGGGGAAGAACAAACAAGUGGAAGGAAGAAAAUAGUAAAGGCAGCGCACGCACGCAUGCACACACACACACAUGCACAUGCACACACACACUGACAUUAGUGAGAAGCCAUGAAUGAUGUGUGUGCUGAAGAAGUGUUUGUUGUAUACUGGAAUCUGGAAUACAUUAUUAAGGUUGUGACAUAUGUUGUGUAUUUGUUUAAGGACAUAUUGUUGCAUGAUGUAUUUGUGUAAAAAAAAAAAAAAACCUGAUUCUAUGCUUAAAUUGAUAUGAAUGUGUGUACUGUACUGUAUUACUUAAUUGUAAUACAGUACAGUAUUAUAAUAAAAAGUCUUCAUAUGAUGAUAUGGAGUUAAAGUUAAUAAUUAUUGAAAGAAUUAGGUAGUACAAGUAUAUUAGGGAAUCUUGAGCAACAGGUGUCUACAUGGUUAAUUUGGGGAUGAAGGUGAGGGAGACAGGAGGUCAGGACAGGUGUUUAGUGACAUUGAGGGUUAGUACACAAAGAAAGCAGGUUAUCCGUUUCCCAAUUUCCAGCGCCUACCAGACACGAGGACGCAGGUAUAUGUAGGAGGUUAACUUUUAAGCAUUUAAACUAUAGGAUAUAAAUAUGUUAUUUGGUGACUUAACAGUUUAGUUUUUUUGUUCAAAUUAAUAGAUGUUAUACUUUCUAUUGAAUAUUAGAACAUUUUAUUGUUAUAUUAUUGGUAAACACGUAAUGACUAGUGGAAAACAUAACAGUACUGUACUGUAUACGGCUGUUAAUAUUUAUAUCAUGUGAAUAAUAUAUACGAUUACGUACAAAUAAUUCACCGAUGUAUUAGUUGUAGUCAUAAUUUUCUGUUAAUUAGUGAAUGAAGGAAGUCCAUUUGUGUUAGAUAUUAUAUACCGAUACCUGUACAGUAUACUUAAAUAGAAUGUGUUAGACUAAGUUUAUCUGCACACCACAUACAGCUCCAGACAUGUCUGUAUACAAGAGUUAAGACAGGCAGGAAUCAAACACUAAACCCACCAUUGUCUGUGAAUUGUACAAGUGUUCAAAACAGACACUUGUUACAUAGGAACUAAAUUCCCUUAUACUGAAGAGAGUACAGUACAGUAUUGUAAUAUUAUUUAAUGCAAAGAAUUAAUCAUAGGAGUUAGUAUCUCUUGUUUCAUUCACAUAAACUGAAGAUAAUGUUCUCCUAGUCAGUAAAAUAAAGACAUAUCACUGCCAAUUAAUUGGUUCCACUGUAUUACAUGUUUACCUGUGCACACUUAACCCUUAUUUUCUCCUAGUCAUAAUUUAAAAGACAUUAUAGCUAUGGUCAAGCUUUUUAAAUCUUUAUUACCUAAAGAUUAGCCCCUAGCUUAUUUUGCCUCAAGAUUAAUCACCCUAACACUAACCUAACCUACCCAAAUCUAACCAAAACUAACCUAACCAGCCCAAAACUAACCCAACAUUACAUAAUGCUAAUGUAAUCUAAUAUAACAAUAACAUAACCUACCAUAAUUUAACAAAACUUAAAAUAAUCUAACCCAAUCUAACUUAACUUACCCUAACCUAUCAUAAUCUAAUACAAUAUAACCUAACUUACCCUACCUUGCAUUAACCAUACACCCCCCCCCCCUCCGAUAGCAUUAAGGUAUUUAAUCAUCAGGUGAAAUAAGCUGCUGGUGAAGCUAGUUGUCAUGUGGUCCAAUCUUCUAAUGUGGUCAGUGAAAGUAAUGUUUUGGAAAAAAAUAUAAAAUGAGUUAGUGUUUUGUUCUGUUUCUAUGGUAAGGUGAUGAAGGUUUGUGUAGAUGUAUUUGCUGGUUUACAGGUUCAUUUUUUGGUGAAAUGUUGCUUGAUGCUUCAUGUAUUUUUUAUUUUUUUGGUGUGGUAAGGUUGUUAGCUGUUGGUACCACGCUCAUUAUGUUAAUAUUCACCUGCUGUAGAAAUAUUAUGUUCUCAGGCUGUCAGUAUUUUUAUAGUGAUUGUUUAUGGUAUUUAAUCAUGUUGCUUUACUGUUAAUAAUUCAAAUAACUUCACUGUAAAGUUAAUAAGUCAAGAAAUUUGAAUGUUACUCAAUUAAUAUAACUUUACUGUAAUGUUAUUCAGUUGUUACUUUACUGUAAUGUUAUUCAGUUGAGUUACUUUAAUGUUUUUCAGUUGAGUUACUGUAAUGUUAUUCAGUUGAGUUACUUUACUGUAAUGUUUUUCAGUUGAGUUACUUUAAUGUUUUCAGUUGAGUUACUUUAAUGUUAUUCAGUUGUUACUUUACUGUGAUGUUAUUCAGUUGAGUUACUUUACUGUUAUGUUAUUCAGUUGAGUUACUUUACUGUAAUGUUAUUCAAUCAAGUAUAGGGUUGCCAGGCAUCCUCAUAUAUAGUCCGGGACUGUCCCGUAUUUCAUUGCCCUGUCUCAGAGAGGUGUGUCGCCAGUGUUGUGAUGCUAUUGUCCUGUAUUUGAGUGAUCCUGGUAAAUUGACUUGAAAAAAAAAAAAAAAAAAAUCUACUUUUGCCACUGCAGCCACUCCUGUAUUAGAUGUUGUUUUGGUCAGCCAAUCACAACUCGGUAACUUCUGCAUAUAUUGUCAGGUCAGGUGUGGGGGGCCUGGGGUGGGGAACAGUCAGUGACGAUACAAAGGGCAGGGGGCAUUAGAGGGGUGUGAGACCUCUUCAAUAAUUAUGCUUGUGGAUACAACUGUACAGAGUACAGGUACAGAACUAAAAAAUCAUAAGGAAAAUUAUGUAAGUAAAUGUGGACAGAAUCCUGAAGAUUACAUACAGUAUAUGGUACCCACAUCAGUGAAAGGCCUAUGCCUAGUGAGUGACUAUACUAAUAGUGUCUGAAUUCGGUUCUUUACUUAUACUUUAUCCUCUUCGCGGCUUGUUAGCUGCUUGUACGGUCUGUCACAUCUCUGCUACGUGCUGUUAGUAUAAGUACAUGUACUGGAUUCAGAAUGUAUCGGAAACUGUGCCAGUGUUGAUCAAGUUUGGUCUUAAAUAUGUUCACACUCACUUCUGUCACAACACACACUGGCAAUAUAUCAAAAAAGUUUGCCCUGGCAAUUUUCUGAAUUUGUGGUCUCUCUAACCUGAGGCAGUGACCUCUUAUGGGGUGGGCAUCCGCUAGUUCCAGGUAUGAACGUUCGACUGAAUAAUGCCCUUUUAUGUGCUAAUAAACCAUUAAGUCACCCCUUGCCCGUCUAGAGUGAAGCUAUGCAACUGCAGGCUUUCUAAUCUCUUUGGGUACCUGAGGUGCCAGAGUGCAGCACCUGGGUGAGGCUUUCCUUUGGACAUUCUCAAAUUAACUGAGUGUCUAGCAAAUCACGGGGACCAGAUGGGAUGACAGAACUCCAAAUGGUGAAGCACCUGCACCUCAAUCUUAAAGAGAGCUAUGUUUUUGUGCUGGUAUAGUGUUGACCUUUCAAUAAUUAUGGAACAAAAUUGUACAGUACAUGCCAAUACUGUACUGCAUCUUUGUGGAAAUAUAACCUUAUUAACAAAUGUUUCCUUGCCAAAAUGUCAAUGGGGUUAGUCUACUGUACAGGGCCAAAUUUAACUUGAGUACCGGGGGUAUGACGUACGUAUAGCUGUUUUAGUAUCUUUUUUUUUUUUAAAUUCUCCAAAUACAAGUACAGUAAACAAUUAUUUGUUCACCUUUCUCCCCCCAACAAAAAACAUUAAGAAAAGAAACGUGUUUUGUAUUUUGAAUUCGAAAAUCUGGCAACCCUAGUCAAGUAACUACUGUAAUGUGAUUUCAAAUAAAGCUUGAAUUGG